UUCAGUUCCCCCAACGUUUGGUAUUCGCCGGGCGGUACUUUCAUUUCAUUGUGUAACUGUUUGUCCCGCCCGCCUCUGAAACUGAAAAAAAAACAACUGGGCGUGUUUGAACCCAUGAUUAAAGGCGGGUUAACUUUGAUAACACAAACCGACGAUCGCUCUGGCAAAAGGAAAGGCGCAGAAACGGAAGUGUUGUUGCUGUUUCAACGAGAAAAAAAGCUAGAGCCAAAAUCCUUCUUUAAUAAACUGAAAUCUGAGGAGCCAUUGCUGGAGCAAGACAUUCGCCUGAAACAAUGGCAGCUGCAGUAGUUCGAUACGAAACAAGAGCAAGAACCAGCAAAACACAAUGUUUACCCAAAACACGAAUUGACCGAAGGCGCACGCGGAUGGACUCAGUUUCUCUUUUGUGUGAUACGGAUGAGGAAGAGGAAUCUUCACAUGAGGAGAGUGAUGAUGAAGAGCCAAGAAGCAGUACCUCAGACAAUGAAGAAAUGCAGAACACAGCCCAUAAAACAGACAGCUCAGAUGAGGGUAACGUUAUUCGAAGGAAACGCUUAUGUUUGAGCAACUUAUUGACAGACAGUAACAGCAGUUCAGAUAGUGAAAUUUAUAGCCAACCAGUCAGGAAGUUAAAAGGCAAUUCACGUCGUAUUUAUAUACAGGAUGUGGAUGAAGGUGGUGAGGAGGAGAGAACUUCUGUUACUAAUUCCUGUGUAAAAAUUGAAGAUGUCUCUCAAACAGAGAAAGAACUCACAAUUGCUCGAAAGAGGAAACGACAGAUGGAGCUUGAACGGUUGUCAAAGAAGAAACAGCCUCACUGUACAACCAGUGGUAGCUGUGAGUUAUUUGAGGAAUCAGAAGAAGAGUCUAGGCCAUCUUCUCUGUCCCAGGUGGAAAGCACCUCUGAUACAGAGUGGGAAAAUGACAGUUUAAAAGACUUCAUUGUUUUUGAUGAAAAAGAGCCCCAUGUGACAACACCAGGGCAACCCAAAUCAUCAAAGUCUCUCCUGGCAAAGCAUCUUCCAAAGCUACUCAUCAAUGAUCUCUACUCCCACUUCAGAAGAGUUGUUAAAGCUUUGGUGAUCAAUGCAUUUGAUGGCAAUUUCCUCAAAUCCUUGUAUGAGGGAAGCAGGAAAAAGAAAUACGCACAAGAAAUGUUGAAAUCACUGAAUCAUUUCGAUGACCGGUGUAUUGAAAUACGUCUUGUAAACUUAAGGACAACGAGUCGAUUGAAAAAACGCUACCAGGAACGUGUAGAUUGUUACCCUAAACUGCAAGUAAAAGAAAAUCCAGGCUUCAAAACAUCUUGUCAGGCUUGUGAGUUGCAACGCUACUGUAGAUUUACAAUUACCCUAUCAGGACAGCUAUACGAUAGCAAGAGUUUGGAACAAGACAACUUCAUGUCAAGUGACAAACAGGUGAUGGUAGUUGGCAGAGUGUGUGCAGAGAGGACAGAAGUGUACCACAAUCUAAAACAUUUCAAAUACAGCCUGUAUCAGCAAUGCUGUUUUAUUGCACAGAGUGAUGAUAACCAGGAUGAAAAUGUGAAAGACACUGUCAAUAGGAUCUACGAGCGCCUGGAAGAACAAGCCUGGAUUGAAGAGCAAUAUACACGUCUUGAAACAAUUCUGAAUGAUGCAGACUAUUUCUGUGAAGAGAAGCUUCUUGAAUAAGCCACUAAGAGGCAGACAGAAGGAAGAAAAAAAGGAUGUCAUUGUAUUUUAUCAACUGUACAUUCCAGCACCCCCCUCCUCUUUCUCUUUUGGAGUUUGGAACAAUCUGGGCUGCAGGCUGCCCUAUCACUACCCUAAAAGCUACACUGAUUGGCCAAAAUUAAAGGUCAACUGUGGGACAAACUUCACAAUUGUCUGGUUAUGAAACAGGCACCGCCCUCACCCCACCCUACAACCAGUGAUUCAAAGCUGCCCAUUUUUAUUAUAGAAACUGUUUUUCAAAAUUUCACAUGUCGACCAUAAACUGAUUUGACGAUGCAAAGGAUAUGGUUGAAGAGAAUUGGUAUGGAGUGUGUUAUAUUCUUCAAACACAGAAUAUAUUUUGGCAAUCAGAUCUUUCAUAUUCAUUUGAAAUUACUGAGCUACAUCAACAUAGGUUAAUAAAAAAAACCAUAACCAGUGAGCAACCAAAAA